ACACAAUGACAAUAUAGCAAAGACUUUUACUCUAUGCAUGUGCUGAUCAUGUUCUGCAGAAGGUUCUGCGCUGGGGGAAAGAGCAAAAUGAUCUAGACAGAAUGAAGUUGAGGUUGUCUCAGCUAUAUCAUCAAAACCUUGUCCAACUCUCUGAACCAGUGGAGGGGCUAAAAGAAUGGUUAGAUUCUUUAGUUUCAUUGCACAUUCCGUGCGCUGUCGUUUCAUGUCUUGACCGCAGAAACAUGGUCGAGGCUUUGGAGCGAUUGGGGCUCAAGAAGUAUUUUCAGGAUCAAGCGUCGAGACAAGUUAUAGCAAAGGGGCCUAUAGUGGGACAUCUCUUUCCUCUCCAAUCAUUUUCUAUUCCUCGUUCUAUUUAUGUUUGUUAUUCUACUAUUGUUAUUGAUGGCCAUUUGUGGCAUAAGUAAUUAAGACAUCCAAAUUCUGUUAUUUUGUCACAUUUAAUAAAACAUGGUUUUUUGAGUAAUACGAAUGAAUUCUCUUCAUCACACUUGUCUUUCAAUUAUGCAUCUUGUAAAUUUUGUAAAAGUAAAUCCUUAUCAUUUCCUUUUACGGGGUAGUCGAGCUUCUACGUGUUUUGAGAUCAUUCAUACUAAUGUUUAGGAUACGAGACUUGUUCUUUCUCAUGCUCAGUACAAGUACUUUGUGACGUUCAUUGACGACUAUAGUCGAUUUAUGUGGGUCUAUUUUCUUCGUUCUAAGGCUGAUGUGUUUUUGAUCUUCCAAAAUUUUGUUGCGCAUAUGGAAACACAAUUUUCUACAUGCAUUAAGAUCUUAUGCUCCGAUUUUGUUGGAGAAUAUAUGUCCCGUGAUUUCAAUCUUUCCUACGACAUAAGGGCAUACUCUUACUACGUUCUUGUCCUUGUACCAUCAACAAAACAAUCGCUUAACGUAAAAAUCGACAUCUUUUGGAUAUCGUUCGUACCUUGCUACUUGAAUCUUCCAUUCCUACUAGAUUUUGGGUGGAAACUUUAUUUACAGCUUUGUAUUUGAUUAAUUGUUUGCCAUCCCUGACCUUGCAUUUUGAUUCCCCAUAUUAUCGUUUAUUUGGUAUUUAUCUUGAUUAUAAUUCUUUACACCUCUUUGGAUGUGUAUUCUUUGUUCACUUACCUUCCACUGAACAUCAUAAACUUGUUGCUCGAUGUGCAUUUCUUAGGUAUAGUAAUUCUCGUAAAGGGUUUGUGUGUUAUGAUGCGGAUACUAACAAGUUCUGUACUUUACGAAAUGUUUUCUUUGAUAAUCAAUAUUUUUGUCCUUCUAAUAACAAUUCAGUUUCUUCUUCUAUUUUUCUCCCUUCCUUUGAUGAUAUAUCUGGAAUAGUUAACCAUUUUAAACCAGAUAUUGCUACACAAUGACGUCGCCCACUGCCUCUUGCUAUCUCUAGUCUGACGCCUAAUCUUGAAAUACAUGAGCUUCGUCGAUCUACUCUAGUUUCACGGCCACCAGAUAGGUAUGGGUUUUCACAUUCUGCUCUUCAGGCUACUUUU